ACGGAGAAACCCUCAGUAGAAUUCGCACCCCUGAAAGGAGUCAGAGUUCUCGACGUCACCAGAGUGCUUGCUGGUCCAUACUGCACGAUGAUUCUAGGAGAUCUCGGAGCUGAGAUUAUAAAGAUUGAGAAACCAGAGACGGGUGACGACACGAGAUCCUGGGGUCCUCCGUGGGUGGGCAAGGAAAGUGCCUAUUUCCUAUCCGUGAACAGGAACAAAAAGAGCGUUUGUGUUGACAUGAAAACGAAAGAAGGAAGCCAAAUAAUUAGGCAGCUAGCGAGUAUGAGUGACGUAUUCAUAGAGAACUACGUACCGAACAAACUUGAUGAGUACCAGCUCGGCUAUGAAGACUUGAAGAAGGUCAACUCGAAGAUAAUCUACUGCUCCAUCACCGGGUUUGGACCAUCGGGUCCCUACAAGCACAGAGGGGGGUACGACCUCAUUGCCACUGCCCUCGGAGGCCUCAUGUACAUAACUGGACCCGAGGAUGGCGAUCCGUGUAGGACGGGAGUUGCUCUAACUGACCUGCAUACUGGUCAGUAUGCAGUAUCAUCCAUCCUGGCCUCCCUCUUAUAUAGAAACGAACGAAACACCGGCAUACACAUACACUGCAGCCUUCUCAAUACACAGGUAGCUUCACUGACGCACAUAGCUUCCAACUGGUUGAACUGUGGUCAGGAUGCCAAGAGGAUGGGGUCGGGUCAUCCGAGUAUUGUUCCAUAUCAGUCCUUCAAAACAAAAGACAAUGGCUACUUCAUAAUAGGCGCAGGCAACAAUGACCAAUUCGAAGAAUUAUGUGAGAUUUUGAACCUCAGCCAUUUGCCGAAAGACGACAAAUUUUCUAGCAAUGCCAAACGUGUGGCAAACAGGAAGGAACUGAAUGAUAUAUUCACUAAGAAAUUCGCCUCACAAACAAGACAGUUCUGGGUGGAGUAUUUCAAAAAAACGCAGGCAGAAUUUCCAUACGGUCCUAUAAAUAGCAUCAAAGAAGCCUUCCAAGAUCCUCAGGUUUGUCACAAUCACAUGAUUCAAGCUAUGGAUCACUCUUCUGUUGGAACGAUCAAAGUUGCUGCUCCUCCCGUCCAGUACGAUGACGUCAGACUGGCCCUCCAAAACCCUCCCCCCCUCCUUGGAGAACACACCGAUGAAGUACUGAGACAACUACUCAAAUACAACCAAGGUGAUAUAGAGGAGAUGAAAAGAAAAAAGAUUAUAGAAUGAGUGAAUAAAUAAAUAAAUGAAUAAAAAUAAUCAAUAAAAAUAAUAAUAUUUAAAUAUAUAUAUAUAUAUAUAACGAUAAUUGCAAGCAUAAUAAUAAUAUUAUAUUAUUUGCAAAUGUAUAAAAGUACAUGGCAUAAAUAAAAAUAUAUUUCGGUGUUAUAUUUAUAGUAUAUAUAUAUAUAUAUAUAUAUAUAUAUAUAUAUAUAUAUACAUCAUCAUCGUCGUCGUCGUCGUCAUCAUCAUCCCUAUUCAUCAUCAUCCCUAUUGUUAUCCAGUAUAAGCCUUAUUACACAAAUUAUGUGCGCGUGUGCGUGCGUGCGUGUGUUGUGUGUGUGUUUUUGUGUGUUUUAGGAAUAUUUUUAUAUCUUAAUCAACGAUUGAUUUUUAGUUAGUUGGUUGGUUGGGAUUAUUGUUAUUGUUCGUUCGUUCGUUCGUUCGUUUGUUUAUUUUUUUGUUAUUGCUGAUCUAACUGCUAAAUAACUAACAAUCAUGUAAAUAUUCUACAGUGUUAGUAUUUUUGUACAAAAUUAAUAAAAUGAUUAAUGAUGUGAAUAAAUAUGUAUACAAUUA